UUCAGUGGAGUGAAUGGCCAAUGGGAGUUGGCUUGUCGAGCAAACACUGAGCCCUACAUUCUCAUUCAUUCAGUGCUAGACAGUCUUGCAGUGUUGAUGAGAGCACGUCCUCGACUGGUGCUUGCUUUUGAACAUUCCGCACAACAACAAAAACGAAUAUUACUAUUUCGCCUAGCAGAAGUAAAAUACGGAAAACUGUCGGAUAUAUAGUUAUUUGUUAUUUUUAUUAUAAUGUGAAUUAAUGUGCGUUUGAGAAUCAUAAAUACGUUUUUCCCCCCUGCAAACUCCGCUCCAGGACUAUACUGGCUUCUCCUGAUCGGCCUCAAGUGCGCAACGUUUAUUGGGUGCUUAUUCUAUCAAGAGUGGAUUUAACAUUUCUGGAUGACUUUGGUGUGUAAUGCACAAGAUUCUGAGGAAUAACGAAAGAAGAUACACCAUCCAUAUUUGGAUUUAACACAAUCGUCUCGAAUGUUAAGAGCUAAUUAAAAUACGCUUGGACAAUUUCCUUGGAUGGAGUUUUGGCAUAUUGGUUGAUGGAUUCGACGUUAUGGAUGGUUGCAGAUAGGUUUUCCGAUGCAUGCCAAGUCCACGGUGAAUGUCGGAUGUGGUGAUCACCCCAGAUGGAGCUCCAAAGUCAACUUGGCCCUGGCGGUUCAUUAGUGGUGAUCCAGCAGCCUUCCCUGGAGGGCCGGCCGAGGUCGGAUUACGAGCGGGAGCUCCAGCAUGCCGCCAUCCUCUCCCUGGACCAAAUCAAGGCCAUCCGCUCCAGCAACGAGUACACGGAGGGACCCUCGGUGGUCCGGAGGCCCCCUGUGCCCCGCAUGGCGCCCAGGCCCGUCAAGCAGCAGGAGAGGACUCACGAGGUGAUACUCGUCAACGUGAACAACAACUAUGAGCCCCGGACUUUGGCGCCGGGCCACCACGGCGGGAAGGUGGCGGCGGCUGGAGGACCGCAGUACCGGGCCCCGGGCCUCAGCCGCUCCACCAGUACGGGCAGCGCGGCCAGCUCAGGGAGCAAUAGCAGCGCCUCCUCCGAGCAGGGACUCCUGGCCCGCUCGCCUCCCUCCCGCCCGGGCACGGUGGCCCCCCGCCAGCCCCAACGUAGAGCGGAGCGGACUCAGCCCGUUCGGACUCAGCCCAAGGCCAAAGCGCUACUGACUCCUCAGCCGGGCUCGCACCCCCUGCCUCCGGAGGUGCCGCUCAAGCCUGCCGGGAAAGGGGAGGCGCCGCCCGGGCACCGAUUCAUCUGCGAACGCUGCGGGAAGUGCAAGUGUGGCGACUGCACGGCCCCGCGGACCCUGCCCUCGUGCCUGGCCUGCAACGGCCAGUGCCUGUGCUCGGCAGAGAGCGCCCUGGAGCACGGGACCUGCAUGUGCCUGGCCAAGGGCAUCUUCUACCACUGCUCCAACGACGACGAGGGGGACUCGUGUGCCGACCACCCCUGUUCCCUGUCCCGCUCCCACUGCUGCUCGCGCUUCCUCUGCAUGGGAUUAAUGUCGGUGCUGUUCCCCUGCCUGCUGUGCUACCCGCCCGUCAGGGGGUGCCUGAAGGCGUGCCAGGGCUGCUACGACCGGGUCAACAGGCCCGGCUGCCGCUGCAAGAACUCCAACACUGUCUAUUGCAAGCUGGAGAGCUGGUCCCCACAGGCCCUGGGGAAACCGUCCUGAUCCAGUGUGCAGGUGGCGGUCAAUCCCCUGAGCGGUUCUGACUAUGAUGCUGAUAAGUCACUGACCUUGUUUAUCGAACAUUUUAGCGCCUUCCACCUGCUUCGCGUUCUCCAAGUAGGGAAUCCUGCUAGGAGUUAAAGCACGGAAUAUGAAAACCACUUCUUUUUAUGGUCUUUUUUUUUUUGCAACAGGACCGUGUUUUUACAGACCAGUGUUUUGUCUUAACUGUUUCUUUAUCUCUUCAGCUACUCAUUAACACUCAUUUAUAUAUAAUUUUCUGUUAGCUAGGCAGAGUUUCCCUGGUGCUUUAAGCUUCAAGUGAGGGCAAGCUCUUACCAAAUCUGUGAAGGACUAUCUAGCUAGGCAAUAUGUAGCUGUUACCAGGUAUUCAUAGCAAACCACGUUUGUUUGAUUUCGCAGUUGCUGCCAUAAUAAGAGCGUGGUCAAGUAGCUGGAUUUCUGUGUUGCAUUAUGGAAAGCACACAUCCUUAUAGUGUUCUGUUAGAUGUCCCCCCCCACCCCCAUACUCAUCAUUCACAUGCAUUCUGGGGCAUUCUUCCCUAUUUUGUUCUCCUUUUUGUAAAUCAUAUGCUCAAAUCCAUCAGAGGAAUUCUGGCUAUUUUUUAAAAGAGAAUGUCUGUUAAAACAUUUUUUGUUGUAAAAAAAAAUAUUUAUUAUGUGAAGCUCUAUUUUAUGAUAUUUAUUGCAAAAGACAGUCUUAAAUUUACUCAUGUCUGAAUAUAACAAAAUAUCAAUACUUACUGAAAUUAAAGGGUGGCACAAAAGAAACUAUGUUAACUUUAAUGCAGAAAAUAUAUUAAU